CAGACAGUGGAAGCCGCCGCCUGGACGCAGGGGAGCUGCAGCACGGCAUCGCCUGGGCACCGCUGGCAGCAGGCGCCUGGCAGGCUUGAGAGCCCGGGCGCGGCUCUGUAGCAGCAGCAGCAGCCAUGUCGUCGUCCGCAGCGGCCUCCGCCUACUGGCGCGUGGCGGGGAUGACGUACCUCAAGUACUCCAACUUGUGCGCCGACAUGGUGCGUGCCGCGCUCAAGGAGCCGGUCAAGGCCAAGGCCAAGGCGCGCGAGAUCAUCUACUUCCGCCAGUCCCUGUGGAAGGACGGCGUGCCACAGAAGCAGGUCAUCACCGACACCACUGAAGGAACGGCUGGCAAACUAUCGUGAGGGGGGCGGCUGCCGGCGCAAAGUAGACCCCAGCCGCAAACCUGGCUGGCCUCAGCGGUUGCUGGAGCUGCUGGCGGCAGCAGCACAGAGCGUCUGGCCCCUGGGCCUGAACGGCACUGGGUCAAACGGCGGCGGGCGCAGCAGCGGGCGCGGCACAGGGCUGACGCCCUGCGCGCCUGUUGGCUGCCCGGCGCUGUUGCAGCGGCAACGGCCACCAGUUGCCCUCACCCCCUCGCCCCAUCUUUUGCUACCUGCUCCUCUCUCCCUCUCUUUCUAGUCAGCUCCGUUUUGGCACUGCCCCUCACCACAAAUCACACCGCACUGCUGCUGCAUCCACUACACACAAAUAUCCAGCCGCUGAGGCCCCCUGGCCACUGCCGGUGGUGUAACCGUUGCAGCUC